AUGAAUCAUGAUUCAAUCUCGGAAAGUGCUUGCAACAACGUCAACAAUAAUCAAAUUCAUGACGCUACCUGUUACAUUAAAUUUAAUUCAUACGAAGUAAAAUUAUCGAGAGAGGAAUUUUUGAAAUUUACGUUGCAAGAUGUGAUUGAUGAAUUUAUUUUGAAAUUUACGGAUGAUCAUGAUCCUGGUUGUAACCACUCCUCGGAAUGUAUGCAUCAAAGUUUUAUUAAUAGAGAACAGUGUGCUGAUCAUCCUUCCGACCAUUCAAAACAUCAGGAGGAGACUUUGGAGGCGUUACUUUUAUCAUCAUCCUUUUAUUUUGCACAUCAGGCAUAUAAACCGCUCCGAUUGAACGUUCCAAUUGUACAUUAUUUUAACUCGGCACUUUCCCAUGAAUUACAUCAUUUAGAAUUGAGAAGCCAUUAUUUGGAUGGCAUAUUUGGACUUGUUGGUGGAAAGGGAGGCUUCGGAAGUUUGCUCAGACAGUCCAAAUCAAAGAAGAAAACAACUAACUUCAGUGCCAUGCGAGAUUUGAGUGGAAGAAGAUUUAGACACAUCACCAAUCAAAUUAAUUUGAAACAAUGGAAUGAAUUGGUUGAAAAAAGAAAGCAACAAAUUAAAGAAAAACGUGCUAAAGAACGAGAAGCCAAACGAGAAAGAGCUCGAGAACAAAUAACUUUGCAACGAGAAAUCAUUCGUGAAAAGGAGGAACAAGUGGUAGAUGCUGUCAAGGUUGGGCUUGAAAAGGCCUUUAACAAUGGAAAGAACGGGUUGCAUGUAGCAGCUGCUUCUAAUUCUUCUCCAUCAUCAAGCAGCUCAUCCAAUGACAACACAAAAACCACAGCAUCCAUCAAAAGAAAAUCCAAAUUUGAUCAUCAUUUAAGCGAUGAGGAAUAA